CAAAACACCCGUGGUGGCCCAAUCAAAUGUCUCCUCUUGACGUCAUGCGCGUAUUGGCUCCUCAUUGGCCCGGGAACUGUGUUGGUAGCGUGUAGCACUGUUUGAAUUCGUGCGUGAUAGAAGACCUCAAAACUACGAUAUUAAGUGCUGGUGAAAACUGUUCAGUUGUCCAGCGAGAGUAUAAGAGAAUACUGUGAUCAGCAUCCUUUCAUCGGCGACUAACAGUUGCUUUUGGUCUGUUGCAGUCUGGUGCUGUUGAUCUGACAUUGUGUGGCCAUGCGGCACAAUAAAUCGGCACAUAAGCGAAAGCCAUACCCCAGGCGCCGAUCUCCCCCAGAGCAGAUACCGCCACCCUCGACAUCCAGAGCCCGGCGCACCAGCGGACCCUCCGAAGCGUCCCCACGCAAGAAACACCGGUUUCGCCCUGGCACCCGAGCUCUGAUGGAGAUCCGCAAAUAUCAGAAGUCUACUGAUCUGUUGCUGCGCAAGGCCCCGUUUUCACGACUGGUGCGAGAGGUGUGUCAGACAUUCAGUCGAGAACACAUGAUGUGGCAGGGAUAUGCUCUAAUGGCAUUACAGGAGGCUGCAGAAGCAUUCAUGGUCCGUCUGUUUUCUGAUGCCAACCUCUGUGCCAUUCAUGCCAAGAGGGUGACAUUGUUUCCACGUGACAAAAAACUUGCCCGGCGAAUCAGAGGUGUCGAAAACAUGUGAAGUUGGAAUUUUUUUUUUUUUUUUUUUUGUACGAUUUGACGAAUUUCCUUACAGACACUGUAAGGACACUUUCCUCAAAUCAAGGUUAAAAUAGUUGCAUAU